AUGUUUGAUUUGCGGAUCAUUAGAGCACCGUAUCAUAGAUUGUCCACGGAGGCUCGAUCAGAUGCAAGCUACUGUUAUGGGUACAGUUCAGCUGCUGAGAGGUGUUCAGCAAACACCGAGAGGCCGUGGUCAGGCCAGAGUGGAAAUGGUAUUGGCCGUGGUCGUGGAGCACCGAGAAGAGGUGCUCGUCAAAUUGAGGCAAGGCAGCCAACUCUGGUUUAUGCUGCAUGUCGCCGAGAGGACGGAGACGCCCUAGAUGUUAUUACAUGUAUGUUCUUUAUCCAUAAUUUACGUUAUACUGCAUUGAUUAAUGUUGGAUCUACUCACUUUUAUAUAGCAUGCAUUGUGUCUGAGACUUUGGGUUUAAUGGUUGAAAGUACCGCGAGUAAGGUAACUGUGUUGAGUUCACUAGGACAGUCUGUGAGGGUAAAUAAAUUGUUCAGAGAUGUACAUUUAGAGGUUCAAGGAACCAUCUUUCUGGCAGAUUUUAUGGAAAUUUCUUUCAGGGAAUUCGACUUAAUAUUGGGCAUAGACUGGCUGGUUAAGCAUCAAGUGAAUUUGGAUUGUACCGCUAAGUGGGUGAUACUGAAAACUACAAAGGGUGAUGAGGUAGUGGUACUUAGGGAGUGUCGGAAUUAUCUGUCAAAUGUGAUUUCUACACUGAGGGCUGAGAAAUUGGUUCGAAAGGAUUGUGAAGCGUUCCUAGCCUACAUAAGAGUUUCUGAUUCCAAGGUUUCUUCUGUUAAAGAUAUCAGAACAGUUAAGGAUUUUUUGAAUGUUUUUCUCGAUGAACUGCGUGGGUUGCCUCCAAACUAA